GAACUUGAUCAUCAUUUUAAUAUAAUUAGUACAUGUGGUUUUACAUUGGAAGAAAUUCUUAAUGAAGAUCUUACAUUAAUUGAAUAUCCAGAUGAUAUUGAAACUAGGCGUGAUGAUUAA